AUGAUUCACAAAUUAUUUUAAUCAAAGUCUUUGUUUAAUAUGUUUUCUUUUGAAAAGGAAUCAAUAACAACAGAUCUAAAUAGAUAUUAAGAGAAAUGUUUAAAAUAUAACUUAAAAGUAUUUAUACUAAUAGAAUAGACUAGAUUCAAUCACAAUACCCAAAAAAUCACAUGAAAUACGUGCCUUAUAAUAUGCAUAUGAUCUUUAACAGUAACAACAUAUAAAGAGUGUAAUGAUCUUGCAAUCGUUUUAAGAAUUGAAGAAUGGAUUAGUUUCUAUUAAUGAAAUUUCAAAAUUGAGUUAAAAGGUCAAGAAUUUAAAAAAAUUGUUAAUAAAAGUAAAAUAUCCUAAUGUAAUUCACAAAUUAAUUAGAAAGUGUUUUAAAAUAAGGUGA